CAAGCCAUGAUUAUAUCUUCCACAAGCGGAGCUCUGUAGUCUGGCAGGAUGAAGGUGGAGCCGGUAGUCACUCUGAAGGAUGGUAUGACAUUGCGAGAAGAAAUCCUGUCUCAGUGGAAGGAUUUAUGGAGGGACUUCCUGCGAGAUACCAGUCUCCAUGGCUGUAAGAAGCGUCAUAAAGUAAUAAGAGUAGCAUGGACUGUGUUGCUUUUGACAAAGACGGGAAUAUGUCUGAAAACGUUGGCUGAUCUUUACAGUAGGUACUACAGCUACAACUUCAUCACUAAGAUUACAAGAGAGCGCAAACAACAGAUCAGGUUUCCUGCAAUCACGUUUUGCAAUCCGAACACGUUUGACAUAAGCCAACAAAACCUUACUAAGACAGAGCUGAACUAUCUUCGCAGUAAAGGCCCUCUGGCACACAUGUCACCGGCUAAUGACUGGUACGGGGAGGAAGGAAGAGAGCUAGAUAAAGUGGAUUAUGUCAAAUUUUGGGAAGAUGGAGCAUACAAUGAGGAAAAUAUGUUCGAGUUCAUAUAUUUCAAACACGACCGUGUCCUCCCGGAAAGGCUGAAAUACAACCUAAAACAAGAUCAACGUUGCUUCACCUUCAACGCUAACGCUGAUAUAGAUACAGAGUCCGGACAAGCAGGAUUGUUUAUAACUCUUAACAUCAUGCAAGAGACCUAUCUUGAGGGAGUAGUAUACGAGGCGGGGACAAAUGUAAAUCUGACAGACACAGAAAAGUUUCAAAAGGUUCAAAAGCAAACAACAUUCUACUAUAGCUGCUCAUAA